AUGAAGGCCCUCAUUCUCGUCGGUGGCUUUGGCACUCGCCUUCGCCCUCUCACCCUCACCCUCCCCAAGCCCCUGGUCGAGUUUGCCAACAAGCCCAUGAUCCUCCACCAGAUCGAGGCUCUGGCCGCCGUCGGCGUCACUGACAUUGUCCUCGCCGUCAACUACCGCCCCGAGAUCAUGGAGAACUUUUUGAAGGAGACUGGAGAGAAGUACGGCGUCAACAUUGUCUUCUCGGUCGAGUCCGAGCCCCUGGGCACCGCCGGCCCCCUGAAGCUGGCAGAGGCCGUCCUGGCCAAGGACGACUCGCCCUUCUUCGUCCUCAACUCAGAUGUCACAUGCGAGUACCCCUUCCAGGAGCUGCUCGACUUCCACAAGGCCCACGGCGACGAGGGUACCAUUGUCGUCACAAAGGUUGAGGAGCCCUCCAAGUACGGUGUCAUUGUCCACAAGCCGAACCACCCCUCGCGCAUCGACCGCUUCGUCGAGAAGCCCGUCCAGUUCGUCGGCAACCGCAUCAAUGCCGGCCUCUACAUCCUCAACACCUCGGUGCUCGACCGCAUCGAGAAGAACCGCCCCACCUCGAUCGAGCAGGAGACCUUCCCCGCCAUCGUCAAAGACGGCCAGCUGCACUCGUUCGACCUCGAGGGCUUCUGGAUGGACGUCGGUCAGCCCAAGGACUUCUUGACCGGCACCUGCCUGUACCUCUCGUCGCUGGCCAAGAAGCAGUCCAAGCUGCUGGCCUCCAACUCGGAGCCCUUCGUCCACGGCGGCAACGUCAUGGUCGACCCCAGCGCCAAGAUCGGCAAGAACUGCAAGAUCGGACCCAACGUGGUCAUUGGCAAGGACGUCGUCAUUGGCGACGGUGUCCGCCUGCAGCGAUGCACCAUCCUGCCCGGCUCCAAGGUCAAGGACCACGCCUGGGUCAAGAGCACCAUUGUCGGCUGGAACAGCACCGUCGGCAAGUGGGCGCGUCUGGAGAACGUCACCGUCCUGGGUGACGACGUGACCAUUGGCGACGAGAUCUACGUCAACGGCGGCAGCGUUCUUCCCCACAAGAGCAUCAAGGCCAACGUUGACAUCCCGGCCAUCAUCAUGUAG